AUGAUUGGGAAGGAUAUUGAUAUCGCUCAAUCAACAUCCUCUAUUGAAGAUGCUCCAGUAAAGCCCAAGACCAAGACAACGUCCUAUUUCAACGUUCUAUUCAGUGGAUUUGCUUUACUCUCGGAUGGUUACCAGUCUGGUGUCAUCAGUUUUAUCAACUUGGUUCUCAAGAAGAUUUAUGGCACAGAAAUCUUUAAUUCCACAAUGUCUUCGCGUCUGUCUUACUCUAUGUUUGUUGGCGCAGUCAUCGGUCAACUAAGUUUUGGCUUGAUUGUCGAUCGGUUGGGUCGUAAGAUCGGUUUGGUGUCUACCACUGCCCUUGUAAUCAUUGGUGCUGCCCUAUCAGCAGCUUCGAGCGGAAGCACACCUACAAAUCUACUCUGGAUGAUGGUAGUCGCUCGUGGUGUAAUGGGCGUAGGCGUUGGAGGAGAAUACCCCUGUAGUUCUGUUGCCGCAGGAGAGGCUGCAGAUGAAGUCGCACCGGGCCGACGAGGAGCUCUAUUUGUAUUUGUGACCAACUUUGUUAUCGAUCUCGGCUACGUUAUUUCUGCUGUUAUACCUGUUAUUCUGCUAGCUAUCUUUAAAGACAACCUUGAGCCGGUUUGGCGUCUGUCCUUUGGCUUGGGUAUAAUUCCACCUCUGUCAGUUCUGUACUUCCGUCUGAAGAUGGCUGAUUCUAAGCAAUAUACCAAAAACGCUAUGAAGGUCAGGGUCCCUUACAGAUUAAUUUUCAAACGCUAUUGGUUCAGACUCUUGAUUGCCUCUGGUCUUUGGUUUAUCUAUGACUUUAUUUCCUUCCCAAACGGUAUCUUCUCUUCUGUGAUUAUCGAUACCGUGGCAACAGGCGAUUCCAUGAUCGAAACAAUGGGAUGGAAUGUUCUUCUUUAUGCAUUCUACCUUCCUGGCUGUAUCGCUGGUGCAUUUUCAGUAGACAAGAUUGGACGUAGAAGAACACUGGCAAUUGGAUUGCUCGCUCAGGGUGUAGUUGGUAUGAUCAUUGGCGGUGUUUAUGAACCAUUAACAAAGAACUGCUUCCCAAUGUUUGUGAUUAUGUACGGUCUUUUCCUUGCUUUGGGCGAAUACGGCCCUGGUGACUGUAUGGGAUUAAACGCAAUGGAGUUGUUCCCUACACCUAUUCGUGGUACUGGUUAUGGUAUUGCUGCUGCUGUUGGUAAAGUUGGAGCUACGGUUGGUACGUUAGCAUUUGUGCCUAUGCAAGAGGCUAUGGGUGGUAUUCGAGGACCUUUCUUGGUGGGUAGCGGCAUUGCUAUUGGAGCAAGCAUAGUCGCUUGGUUCUUUGUGCCUGAAAUCGGGCCUAGAGGUUUGAUUGAGGAGGAUGAAGCCUUUUUGGCUUAUCUGACUGAAAAUGGCUAUGACAUUUCUCAGUUGGGUACAGCAGCAGUACCAACCCAAGAACGAAAUGUAAACGAAACCUCUUGA